AGCGAGCCGCGCCCAAGUCCGACAUUUUGGGCAGCAAGGCUUUGCCACCAAUGGCAUGUCGGACGGAGCUGAAGCGGCUCCGGCGACUGCUGCUCCGCCUCGGCGAACGGAGAAGGAGAUAGAAAACAGCACGCUGGCGAUGCUGCAAGCUUUCCGUACUGCCAGAAGUGUCCCUGGCAAGGAGCUAUUGCGGCUCAUUGACGAGCAUGCCUACUCGUGCGAGGAGUAUGCACAAGUGCUUCCGCAGGCUUGGGGCAGGGUCAGCAAGUUGACGGCAGCUCUUCGAGCAGAUUUGCGAGGGUCAGGUUUCAAAGAACAUGUACCAGUGGAUGCAGGGACGUCUGGCAUUUUCAGUGAAUUCCUCUCCUCGCUGGGCGUUGCAACCGAUUCCGUGCCAACGGCUCCGCAGGCCGUGUUGAGCACACCAGCGGUGACGCAAACCUCGGAGCCCGUCGAAAAGGCCGCGGAGCUCGCAGCCGUGCUCGACCACCUGGAGCAAGGCCCUGCGAAGGCCUUGCAGGAAGGCCGACGUUUGGAAGCCGAGCUCAAGGAGAUGGUGAAGUUGCUGGAGAGGCUUCGCGCGAUCUGGCCCGAGCUUCGUACUUCUGUGGAAGGUGCUUUCGAAAAAGGGACGCACCUCAGGACAAAAGACAUUGCCCAAGCAUUGAAGCAGGUGCUGCAGUUCCGGCGGCAGCUAUGUGCUGCCACGCCCAGCAUUGAAGCAUUGUGUGACUUGCUGGAAGACGCCACAGAGCAGGUUCGACAGCGGGAAGAGGAGCGCUUGCGCUUCAAGGCCAUGACGAGGGAGGUCCUGGAUGGUCAAAGCAAGGCGCUUGCUGCAAGAGUAGCAGCGGUUCUAUGGCUCAAACGUGGCAAAGCCAGUUCAGCCCGGCCGGAGCAAACCAGGUUUGACAUCGAGCAGGCGUCCGAGGCGUUGGAGCGGAACUUGGAGGCGGCCAAAGACAUGGAAAGUCGUCUUGUGAAAGGUGCUGGCACGGUCAUGAAGAGGGAAGCAUGCCAUCAGGUUGUGCAGCGCACAGUUGCCAGGCUCUCGGUGCUACGUGGCAAGGUUCUUUCCGCAGCGGAGGCUGUUUCUGCAGCAAGGGCGGACUUGGCGGGAGCAAGGCGAAGUGGCCAAGCGGCCUUGACAGAGGCAGCGGCCAUCGCUUUGGAGCAGCUGAUCGCGGCUUUUGAUGAGGCAGCUUCGCAUGUGGAUGCCGGUGGUGGGCGGGGGGCUCCUCGCGACCCGCAGGCUUCUUCCGGGCCCGACGGAGAGCUGACUCCUUCGCCGUCUGCCAUUGUGGUAACGACCAAGCGUACAUCGCAACAAGAUGUGCUGGAGGAUCUCGCCAAGAGUAUCGGCAUGACUGGGAAGCCAGCUUGAUUUGAGACCACUUGGCCAGUGUGGCCCUCGCAUGUUUCACAGGAAAAGAGCGA